AUGAGUGUACCAGUAAUACCAUAUCAUGAAUCUGAUAUUGUAUACCAAGGAGAUGAUGCCAAAAAGCCGGACUUCCCUCAAUUAUGCGAAUCUCAUCGCAUCGAUGAGGUUCAAUAUUACGUAACGGAGGACAUGCCAUUGAAUAAGAGAAACUUCUUGUACCAGCCAUGCACAGCAAACUUGAUGUUAGAGAAGUUAAGAUUCAGCAGCAGUGAUUAUUUUGAUUCUGGGGCAAUAAGUUUAAUGGACCGGUCGGACAAGAUGGCAUUUUCUUUGGACGAUCGUUCAGUUAGCGUCGCUCAAAAUUGUGGCUGGAGAAGCAUGAGAAGUGAUGUUUGUAUGAAAGAAGGGAAAAUAUACUGGGAGAUAGAUGUACGCACUGUUUCAGAUACAGCUCACAUUCGUUGUGGGAUCAGCAGGCGAGAAGCGUCAAUGGAAACCCCUGUUGGGUGUGACUUUUAUGGAUAUGGGUUAAAGGACAAAGGAUUGCAAGUUAUACACGAAGGACGUUUACAAACGGUAGUAAAAUCGUAUGAGGUGAAGGCAGGUGAUCGUAUUGGUUUCCUCCUUACACUUCCUUCUCUAGAAAAACAAAAUGAGCAAGCAAUGGACUACAGCCUCAAGCGUAUAAUGGAACUAAACAGUGACAGCGAAAAUGGUCAAAAGAGGAACAGGAAACUAAACAAAGAGUUCUACAAGUUUUUGCUUCGAAAAUGCGAGCCAUUGAACGUCGUAAGAGACCAAAUUGCUAUCAGGUACAAAAACCAAUUGUUCUAUGAAAGCACCGAUUACGUCAAAACAACAAAGCCAGACUAUUACGAUAACAAGGACGAAACCCAAAAAUUCUACGAACUAGAAGAAUCGACUCUUGAGAUAUACGUAAAUGGAGAACACUAUGGCACAGCAUUUAAGGGCAUAACCCCUUUCCUACCACCAUUCAGUGAGCUUCAGUACAACGAGAAGUUUUACUUACAUCAUUGGAACAAACGGAAUAUUGCACAUGGCAUUGAAAUAAGAAAUAAGUACGUUAACAACAACAGAUUGGGCUACUAUGCGACAGUAAGCUCUUUCCAAGGCGGUUCUGCAGCCAUAAUUACGGAUAAAUCACAGCUUAAGUUCCUUGUAGAUGAUCCAGAUGUUAAAACAUUGGAUGACGUUUACAAUGAACAAAUUGCAAGUGAUAUAGUGUGGGACCUUAUAGAUGAAGUAGAUAUCGAAUUUUCUUCAGUUAACGUAUAA